AUGGCGACGAGCAACGACGGUUUUUCCUCUGGAGAAGAGCGUGAAGCUCCCGAAACGACACCUGCGUCAUUUACGACUCCGGCGCCGCUACCACCCGCAUCCAUAGAAACUAUCAUGGCGCGCCUUGCACAACAUGACGCAGCCCAGAAGGCGGCGACCGACCAAAUCGCAGCGCUCGUAAAAAUCUUAGCCCCUCUCGCUGUGAACGUGGAAGCUUCGACGGUGCAGUACCGGAGACAUCUGUUUAAUACAGAUAGAGCGACCGGCGCGACACCGGCGCAUCCUGGAGAUCAAGAUGUCAACGACGGCGAUACGGCUCAAAACCCUGGAGGUCUUGACGCACACACCGUAAACGAACUAGCCGCGUUAAAGCAAUCAAUGCUCGAUAUACACUCCAAGAUUCACAACGUAACGACGUCAGCUUCACAAAUCGAACGUGUCCUCGCAGAAUCUCUCCGGACGCCGUUCACAGAGAAAAUAACGAAGGUUCAACUCCGAAAGAUGGAAAAGCUCCGUCUUCCGACCUUCGACGGUGUUUUCGACCCUUCUGCCCACAUCACGUCCUUCAACAUUGCGAUGCGACGCGCAAACCUCUCUGACGAAGAAAAAGACGCUGGCUUUUGUCAGCUUUUCGUCGAAAACCUAGAAGGAGUUGCUCUCAACUGGUUCACCGGCCUCCAAGAGAACUCCAUCAGCAGCUUUCACGACCUCUCGACGGCUUUCCUCAAGAACUAUAUCAUGUUUACUCGUCAGGAAGCCACCGCCACGGAUCUCUGGAAUCUCAACCACGCUAACGGGCAAAGCCUGAGGGAUUUCAUGGAGGAGUUUAAAUAUGUCGUCUCGAAAGUCGACGUACCAGACCACAUAAUUGUGGAAUCGUUGAUGAACACCCUCCAUAUUAAAUCACCGUUCCGAGCUGACCUCUACCGGCAUCUGACGAGAUCCGUACCAGAUGCUAUCGCCCGAUUAAACAACUUCAUCUGUAUGGAAGAAGACACCAGGGCGAAGGCGGCGGCGAAAGAAGCGGCAGGAAAACAAACGCCCGCCCGAACUAACGACACUCGUCAGGAGCCUCGCCAGCAUUCUGUAGGUGGGAAACUCAACCAAAAGAGGGGUUACAUGAACGUAGUGGACGAAGAAGAGCCAUCAGGCUCUGCAGUUGUCGUGCGAGAGAAGGGAUGGAAUCAUUGGGAUCAAGACACUGCGCAGAAGACAUCCAGUUCCUCUGAACCAACGAGUUCAAACGCUGCCGAGCCUGACAAGUGGUGCUCGUAUCACAAAGUCAAGUCCCACGACACGAAGGAUUGCAAGGUUCGUUAUGGACAUUUCCUCGAGUCGAUAGCCAGUGGCAAAAUCGAGAUAGAAUCUCCCCCGCAGAAGCCGAAAAACAAUAAAAGCUGGAGGAAAAACAAAGAGAAGAAAACUCAGAAGUCUCAAGCCAGGGCUCCUCAAAACGAAGAACGAGCUAGCCCCGAGAGAGCACCAGUGAACAACGUCAAUCCCGAGGACGAGUCAACCGAUGAGGAACGACCGAAGAACCGACAGUGA